AUGUUUUCAGAAAGGUCUUACCAGGCGGUUGCACAUUCCAGCUACCCCCACCAGGAGGAAUCCCCGAGCACACGUCACGGACUCUUCCCUCUCGCCGUUCGGGCUACUUACAUCAAUAUGGUCUCCACCAUCCUUCCAAAUGGAGUCUUCGUCGAGGAGGGAUCAAUUGAUAGUCCUGUCAACCUUAAAUACUUCCGCUCCCGCAGGAACAUAUUGAAGGCCUACAUCUCAUUAGCGAUGAGUCCUCAACCAGUCCAGUCAUCGAGCAACUCAACCAAAACCGCAACUUUAGAUGUAUUUGAGACUGGGCCUUCCUUCGCGGCAUCACUCGUCCCUGAGGUCAGAGAGCAGCCAUCACCAGACCACCAAAGAGCUGAACGACACCACCAUCGCACUGCGGGAUCACCCCGACGACUGAAGUCCACGUGGCGACACCAACGCUUUCAGCGGCCGUUCGCCCAAACUCCGUCGCCCUGA